CGAGUUCACACUUCGUAUCGCGUAUGGGCGACUACGAGGCCGCCGCCAUCCCAAGCGAUGUGCAGGUCCAGUCUUCGGUCGGCGAUGUGCUAGCUCAACGCGAUGUUGUCGAGGAAGCUUCAUCACUCGCCUCGAUAGAUCGCCCGCCAAGCGAACUAGAUAACAUCCCGGCGCCUAAGGUCUAUCGCCCAUUCUCUCUUCCAGUACUCGCUUUGCUGGCUCCGGCGUCCAUAUUCGGAACUCUCGCUAGACUGGGUCUAUCAGCUUUGGUCACCUAUGAUGGGCAAAGCAUCUUCUCGCUGGCUUACGCUCAAACUAUCGGCUGUUUCAUAAUGGGAUUCGCCUUAGAGUUGAAGGAGCCCCUCGGAGACUUCUACGGUCCGUUGUACACGGCAAUGACGACAGGAUUCUGUGGUUCUCUCACAACAUUCUCGGGCUGGCAACAAGAUAUUUUCGACUCGUGGAUCAAUUCAGGCGACGCGCAUCGAGAUUGGCUCCGUGACGUGGUCGACGGCAUCACAAAAACUGCUGGGACCUUCGGUCUUUCACUUGCCGCCCUCAAGCUAGGGGCACAUCUUUCAUCUCAAGUUCGCCCUCUCCUCCCGCGCAUGCACCUCCCUGCACGGCCGGUGCGCUACAGCUUUACAGUCAUUUCCGUGCUCAUAUAUGCCGCUACCCUCCCCGCAUACUUCAGGCUACCCGCCUCCUUCCGACAUCAGGCCACCGCCGCGCUCCUCUUCUCAUACCCCGGAACACUCACCCGAUACUUUCUGUCGAUCAAACUCAACCCGUUGUCGAAGGCCCUCCCGCUGGGAACCUUCACCGCCAACAUGUUCGGCACGGCCCUUCUCGCCGCAUUUCACGUUCUGCAGAACGUUUCUUCCUCGCCUGUGACGGACAGCGCGUGCGCCAUUUUGCAGGGACUACUGGACGGCUACUGCGGCUGCCUCACGACUGUCAGCACGUUCGCCGCCGAGAUUGCCUCGCUCGCGACGAGGAAGGCGUGGCGAUAUGCCUUGUUGAGCUGGGCUGGCGGCCAGCUGCUCAUACUCGUCAUACAAGGGCCUUCAUUCUGGAGCGCUGGCGUUGAUGAACAGCGGAGAUGCAGUUUUGCAUGA